CAUGCGCACUGCGGUAUAUAACACUGAUCCAAGAAGCCUUCACGCUCACUACAUCCCCAUCACAGUCGCGUGGCGUGCUCCAAAAUGGCAAGCAUCGCGGCGGUAUUGCUCGUCCUGCUUCCGCUGCUCCUUUCCUCGGCCGCGCAUUCAGACGACGGCUUCGGCUUCCAGGCCACGCUCACCCACAUCGACGCCGGCGCGGGGUACACCGACGCGCAGCUGCUCUCCCGCGCGGUGCGCCGGAGCAGGUCCCGCGUGGGCGCGCUGCAGUCGCUGGCCACGGCCGCGGACGCGAUCACCGCGGCCCGCAUCCUGGUGCAGGCCAGCCAGGGCGAGUACCUGAUGAGCAUGGCCAUCGGCACGCCGCCGCGGUACUACUCGGCUAUCCUUGACACCGGCAGCGACCUCAUCUGGACGCAGUGCGCGCCGUGCAUGCUCUGCGUCGACCAGCCCACGCCCUACUUCGACCCGACGAAAUCCAGCUCGUACGCCAAGCUGUCCUGCUCCUCCCCGAUGUGCAACGCCCUCUACUACCCGCUCUGCUACCAGAACACGUGCGUCUACCAGUACUUCUACGGCGACAGCGCCAACACCGCCGGGGUGCUCGCCAACGAGACCUUCACGUUCGGCACUAACGGGACGUGGGUCACCGUGCCGAGCAUCGCCUUUGGGUGCGGUAACCUUAACGCGGGGUCGCUCUUCAACGGCUCCGGCAUGGUCGGCUUCGGGCGGGGGUCGCUGUCCCUGGUGAGCCAGCUCGGAGCGCCCAGGUUCUCCUACUGCCUCACCUCGUUCAUGUCGCCGGUGCCGAGCCGGCUCUACUUCGGCGCCUACGCCACGCUCAACAGCACCAGCACGAGUGACAGCGGGCCGGUGCAGUCCACGCCGUUCAUCAUCAACCCGGCGCUGCCCACCAUGUACUACCUGAACAUGACGGACAUCAGCGUCGGCGGCGACCCGCUGCACGUCGAGCCGUGGGUGUUCGCCAUCAACGAGGAGGACGGCACCGGCGGGGUCAUCAUCGACUCCGGCUCCACGAUCACGUACCUGGCUCAGCCCGCGUACGACCUGGUGCACGAGGCGUUCGUGGCGCAGGUCGGGCUGCCCCUGGCGAACGUCACGUCGCCGGACGACCUCAGCACGUGCUUCAAGUGGCCACCGCCUCCGCGGAAGGUGGUGUCGAUGCCGGAGCUCGUGUUCCACUUCGAAGGGGCGGACAUGGAGCUGCCGCUGGAGAACUACAUGCUGAUCGACGGCAGCACCGGGAACCUGUGCCUGGCGAUGGCGCCGUCCGACGACGGCUCCAUCAUCGGCAGCUUCCAGCACGCCAACUUCCACGUGCUCUACGACAACGAGAACAGCUUGCUGUCCUUCAUCCCUGCGCCGUGCAACCUCAUGUAGUCAUAGCUCUGUUCACGUAGGCACGUUUAAAGCACCUUCUCCAUUUAUGUACGUUGAUUAUGCAUAAUUCCGCCAUUUUUCAUGUCUGUUGAUUAUCUGUAUCCUACAGUAAGAGAUUUUUGUUGACGUA